CACUUCCAUACAUAUAAUUCGUGGCUCAUUUAAAUCUCCUUUCUCUCUUCUCCAUUCUCAGCCUCCUAUCUCAAUUUGUGCACCAAAUUAAGCCUUGAAAAACAUAUAAGAAAAGUGCCAAAACCCACCCCUCAUUUCAGAAGAUAAGGAAGAAGAAGAAAUCAUACACCAAAUUCUUCUUCCUUACUACCUCAACAACUGAAAAACAAAGGAAAACAAAAGAAUGGCUGUCUGUACAUUAAACUCAUCCUUCCUGGGCUUCCACCAGAAGAGCCACCAGCCGCCGCAGCAGCUGGUUUUCUUGAGUGGAAAGAGGUGGGGGAGCAGCAAAAGGGAGAGACACAGCAGCUUGAGCAACACCGCCUGUGUCAUAACCUGCUCAGCUGGUGGCCAGCAGACGGUGGUGAUCGGUCUAGCAGCUGACUCAGGGUGUGGGAAAAGCACAUUCAUGAGGAGGCUAACAAGCGUUUUUGGAGGGGCAGCUGAGCCACCAAAGGGCGGCAAUCCAGACUCAAACACGCUCAUCAGUGACACAACCACCGUGAUAUGCUUAGAUGACUACCACUCAUUAGACAGAACAGGAAGAAAAGAAAAGGGAGUCACAGCGCUUGAUCCAAGAGCCAAUGAUUUUGACCUCAUGUAUGAACAAGUUAAGGCUCUUAAAAAUGGUGUCCCUGUUGAUAAGCCCAUUUAUAAUCAUGUCAGUGGCCUUCUUGACCCUCCUGAGCUCAUUAAGCCGCCUAAAAUCCUUGUCAUUGAAGGCUUACACCCCAUGUAUGAUUCAAGAGUAAGAGACCUGCUGGACUUCAGUAUCUACUUGGAUAUCAGCAAUGAAGUUAAAUUUGCUUGGAAAAUUCAGAGGGACAUGGCUGAGAGAGGACACAGCCUCGAGAGCAUCAAAGCGAGUAUCGAAGCUCGAAAACCCGACUUUGAUGCCUAUAUCGACCCACAGAAGCAGUAUGCAGAUGCAGUGAUAGAAGUGCUACCAACAAAUCUGAUUCCAGAUGAUAAUGAAGGAAAAGUUCUGAGAGUUAGGCUGAUAAUGAAGGAAGGGGUUGAGUUUUUUAACCCAGUUUAUUUGUUUGAUGAAGGCUCUACAGUUUCAUGGAUACCUUGUGGAAGAAAGCUCACUUGUUCUUACCCUGGCAUCAAGUUCUCCUAUGGCCCUGAAUCUUACUAUGGCCAUGAGGUAUCCGUUCUGGAAAUGGACGGGCAGUUCGACAGACUGGACGAACUGAUCUAUGUGGAAAGCCAUCUAAGCAACUUGUCGACAAAAUUCUACGGCGAAGUGACUCAACAGAUGCUGAAGCACUCGGAGUUCCCUGGAAGCAACAAUGGCACAGGCUUCUUCCAAACCAUCGUCGGAUUGAAGAUCAGAGAUCUGUACGAGCAGAUUUCCGCCAGCAAGGCCAAGGCGCAGGUGGAGGCCGCAAAAGCCUGAAGUUAGGGCGUCGCGAGAGGCGUUUCUCAGUCGCCGGCCGAUUUCUGGAUUUGGCUUUCAAUUCAAGCUUUGUUGUUUAUCGAUCGUUAUAGUCUGAGCUUCUUAGGCUGCUUUACAAUCACUUGUUGUUCUAAAUUUCCUGAUCGCUGGAGAUUUCUGAUGUAAAGAAAAAAUUCCCAUAAAGAAUCGAAAGCAGAAAUGAAAUGGAAAUUCCAAGUUUUUGCAGA